AUGGUUCCCCGAGAAGUGAGAACCGCGAAAUCGCGCCACACUCGCAACGUUAACAGGGAUGCACAGACCAUCUCGACGCUGCAGUAUAUGCUACAGAAAUCGGAGGGCGAGGUUGCGUUGAUGAAAGACGAAUUAGCAAGGCUGAAGACGCGGCAUGAGCAAUACACUGAGAGGCAAGCAGCAGCUGCGAGAUUUAGGAAGACAGUCAGGAGGACACUUCUUGGGGACGAGACGGCGAUGAAAGAGUUCGACAAGUUCUUGGAGACCGGAGAGAUAGCAUAA